CGGGUUAACAACCAAAAAAGAAAAUCUCAAAAUCGAGUUUUGGCAGGUGUGAAAACUGAAAAGUGGAAAAAAUAAUUAUUCGAGGGAGGGUGGUGUGAAUGAGUCGUGCCACUACGGUAGCCUCCCGCGGUGGCUAUGUGGUCCAGCAUUCCUAUACCCAACCCGUACCGAACCUUCAGGCUUCACAAGUUGGUCUGCGCCUGAAGUAAGAAGAUGGCGUUGAAGUCGCCCUUCAACGUUCCAGCGAGCUCUUGGAACCAGGAGAUCUUUGAGCAGAAUUGGCCCUGCAUUCGGCUCAGGAGAUCUAAGGAUCUUCGACACAACCCGUGGGAGGGCGGCAGAGUCAAGGACUUCACACUGUUGAAAGAGAUUUGCAGACUCAUGCAAAGGGACUUAGAACGGUCAGCAAACGUGGUCAAAACGACUGGGGGCGAGAUGAACAAUCGCACCAGGACUCAAGGGCUAGUCACUCUGCUGAGUCAGUUGGCCAUGCCUGAUGUGGACGAAGCUGAAGGCGCUGAAGACGACAGUGCAUCUUUCAAAGAAGGCGUGGAUGCGCCACCAGAGGUCUCUGCAAAGGAGGAGCGAACUACACCCCCUGCGGCUGCUGGUGCUGGAACAACAGAGGAACAAGCAGCAAGCAAGGACGACUCACCCGGCAGCUCCAGGGGGCCGGAGUGGGAACACGAAUCGACGGAAGGCAUUGGACGCCAGAGCAUGGACUGGCUCGCCAGUGUCAUCGACAAGGCGAUCAGACGAGCCGGCUGUUCGCGCAAGUAUGCAACCUGUGCGAAGCUUAUCUGGGAGAUGAAAGCAUUCCUUCUGAAGAAUUGGGCGGACGGGCCGGGGGGACGUUGGCAGCUGACGAAGUACAUGGUCAUCCAUGCGCUGUUGAACGGACAGAAAGUGCCAGCGAGACUGUCAGCAAUCUACGGUCUGUGCUUUAAUCUAAAGGAGUGGGCGGGGGAGGUGUUUCAGCUUAAGGGCACAUACAAGAUAGGGGAGGACGGCUUCAUCAUCGAAGCGUCCCUCCUCAACUUCAGUUCCGACGACAAGGCGUGGAUCAGGAAGAGAGUCGAGUGGCAGCGGCAAGUGCUGCGCCAGACGUACGAUGCGAAGCCCGAGGCGAAGGUGUACCCGGUGGGAACGCUCUACAGCAUGCAAGAGGUGCGGACAUUCGUCCCAGGGCAUGAAUCGGGGGUCAGGAUCGAGCCAUUGCAAUUGGUUGAGGGCCUUUUGCGGUGCGCGGUUGGUGAGAGGGUUUGCGAAUGGACCUGGCCUGACGUCAAGCGCAAGCUGGAGGCGGCGGAGGAGGAAGUAGAGCGGAGUAUCAAGAAGAGGAUGGUCAUGCUAGAUGAUAAGGGAUUGGAAGCUUCCAUCAUGGAAGAGUAUUCUAACGAGUGUUGACCGAGUUGAAGGAGUUUGGAGUGCGGAGAGCAAUUAUUCAAGAGCGCAAGUUGCGUGUACGGCAACAUGUACUUCGUAAGCUGAAGGUAAUCAUCCGGACGUCGUGAGAAUCUGCUUCACGAGCUCUUGCCAUACAUCAAUGCAAGCGAGACAGCAGCUUAAACCACUUUCUGCUCUUUGCUAGUUUCGUUUGCAUAGGUGCCCAUUCUUAGCGUCGAUUACUGGGCCACGCUAGCAACCUCAGUCGGAUUGCAGUAGAUUGAAGCGAGCUUGGUAGUAAUGAUGCAUUGAACAUGCUCAAGGGGCCUCGCUUUGCGCCCUCAAUACAGGCACAGGAUUCAGCAGUGCAAAUUGGUUUUCGAAAUGAAGAUGAAACCCACGAACGGGGGAACAACCACAUGUCCGGUUUGGCAUACAGAUG